AAUUUCAAUGUAUUUAUCACAAAACCGUUAACGAUUACUUUAUGAAUGUUUUGUUGAAAGUUAUCUUCUCCAUAAAAUUUUUGCGCUGCAAAAUCGGACUUCCCACUGAAAAUCUGUCAACACGUCAUAAAAUACAGCCGAAAAAUUGAAAUUUUUGGGAACUUAUUGCUGCAUAAAACUGGUUAUGAAUUUCCUUGUUUAAAACAUCAUUAAACCAUUCAUUUUACAACAGCCACUAUCAUUUAUUACAACCAGAGGUUAUUGAUCUUGAAAAGUAGUUUAUGCUUGAAUAUAUUGACCUGUUUUUCUCACAAUUUCUCCUGCUAUUUUUGAAAUUAUAAAAUCAUAAUUAUAUCAAAGCUUAGUUUUUGAAUUAUCCGGUUAUUCAGGACACACGCAACCCCGUCCAUAUUAUACAAAAAAAGUUUGAUAAUAAAUCCGAACCAGAAAAAAAAAACAUUUAUAGUUUUAUCUCUCACUGUUAUUUAGCAACUAUAACAAAUAUAUUUAACUCUCUUAAAACGUGUUUAUACUGCUCAAAAAAUAUCAUUUCAAAAACUCGUGUAUAUUUCUGUGCUGUCUUCUCCAAAAACUCUGUGCUGUAAAAUCUCCUCCAAAAACACCUAUAAAAUAUUUAGUUUAAUUUCUCUGUCUGUCUAGUUUAUAUUUGUGGGUUAAAACAUGGGUUGCACUACUAGUACUGAGGGGAGUUCACCUCGGGACAGUGAGGGGGGAGGAGGGGGGUAUGAAAAAAGGGAGGACGUCCGACCUCUUGACUCUUCCAAACAGACGACACACGCAGCCAAGAAAAAGAAGGAAAAAUCUGACACGAGAAAACAUCGGCUGAAGAGUUUGACCAGUCAGGAAACUCCGGUGAAAUCACCGUCUGGAAGUGGGGUGGUGAGUCCUCAUCAGCAUCAGCAGGACAAUAAAGGAAAGGCGUCAAAAUAUCUUCACGAGGGGGACAACUUCAAAGAAAUGCAGAAGGAAUUGAAGACGAAACGAAAUGCACCCAAAGAAUGAACCCUAUAAACCCUAUUUUUAUAUGCAAUCCACUUAUAAUAUUUAUAAAGACACUCAAGAAAGGUUUGAAAUUGACAGGAAUUUUGUAUUAUAUACGUUGGAAAGUACUAUUUGGGCUAUGCGACAUUAUAAUUUAACGAAUCAAUCUUUAA